CUGCGCAUGUGCAGGACCCAGCGGGUCUAGAGCUUUUCUGUGUCUCUCCGGACUUCGAGCCAUGGCGGUGACGGAAGUGAGCCUGUUGCGCCAGUGCCCGCUGCUUCUGCCCCAGAACCGGUCGAAAACCGUGUAUGAGGGAUUCAUCUCGGCUCAGGGAAGAGACUUCCACCUUAGAAUAGUGUUGCCUGAAGAUUUACAACUGAAGAAUGCAAGAUUAUUAUGUAGUUGGCAGCUGAGAACAAUACUUAGUGGAUACCAUCAAAUAGUACAACAGAGAAUGCAGCACUCUCCUGAUCUAAUGAGCUUUAUGAUGGAGUUGAAGAUGCUUUUGGAAGUUGCCUUAAAGAAUAGACACGAGCUAUAUGCACUACCUCCUCCUCCCCAGUUCUACUCAAGCCUUAUUGAAGAGAUAGGAACUCUUGGUUGGGAUAAACUUGUGUAUGCGGAUACCUGCUUCAGUACCAUCAAGUUAAAAGCAGAAGAUGCUUCUGGUAGAGAGCAUUUAAUCACUCUCAAGUUGAAGGCAAAGUAUCCUGCAGAAUCACCAGAUUAUUUUGUGGAUUUUCCUGUUCCAUUUUGUGCUUCCUGGACACCUCAGAGCUCCUUAAUAAGCAUUUAUAGUCAGUUUUUGGCAGCAGUAGAAUCACUAAAGGCAUUCUGGGAUAUUAUGGAUGAAAUCGAUGAGAAGACCUGGGUACUUGAGCCAGAAAAACCUCCACGGAGUGCAACAGCACGCAGAAUUGCAUUAGGGAAUAAUGUUUCCAUAAAUAUAGAGGUAGACCCCAGGCAUCCUACUAUGCUUCCUGAGUGCUUCUUUCUUGGAGCUGACCAUGUGGUAAAACCCCUGGGAAUUAAGCUGAGCAGGAACAUACAUUUGUGGGAUCCAGAAAACAGUGUGUUACAAAAUUUGAAAGAUGUUUUAGAAAUUGAUUUUCCAGCUCGUGCUAUCCUGGAAAAAUCUGAUUUUACUAUGGAUUGUGGAAUUUGUUACGCUUAUCAACUUGAUGGUACCACUCCUGAUCAAGUGUGUGAUAAUUCCCAGUGUGGACAACCUUUCCAUCAAAUAUGUUUAUAUGAGUGGCUGAGAGGACUACAAACUAGUAGACAGAGUUUUAACAUCAUAUUUGGUGAAUGUCCAUAUUGUAGUAAGCCAAUUACCUUAAAAAUGUCUGGAAGGAAACACUGAAAUAAGAAUAUAACAUUUCGGUGAAGAGCUGGAAACUUAAAAAAUUAUCAAAAGGAAUUUUGAUAUCUUCAGAGAAAAUAUAAAGCAAGACAUACUAACAGCAAAAGGACAGGUAUGAUGAUGCGAUAAUAAUAAACAUCUGCCUUUGUCUCUUCACUAAGAGUAAACUGGGAAAUUGUAGGCCAAAGUCCAGUUGAACUUUCUAAGUCUGUGAUCCCCGUGCUGACUGUGGAAGUGUAUUUAUACCAAGGUGGAGAUCUUGACUUCUUGAAUAUAUCUGGACUGGUAAAAUCUUGAUGAGGGUCAUAAAAUGAGUUUGGGAGUUGUCUAUAGCUGAUUUUUUGUGGGAAAUUGUUUACUUCAUUCAAAAGUUCUUGAGACUCUUGAUAUUUCUGUCUUCUCCUAGUGCUUUCCUAUGGAAAAAACACAUAUAUAGUUUGUUAGAUGUGAGUUAUCCAAGUAUUUAUUUUGUGUAAUGUAUAAGAAUGCUAAAUAAAAUGUUACACAA